GUCCAAUGGCGGCGGCGGUGGAGGGGGCAGUAGGCUGAGGGGCCUUUGAGAGGCCCCGGGACGGGUCCCUGGGGGAGGUUCGGGCUCGUUGGGCGUCUCCAAUGUAGGGUGCCCGCCCCACCCCGUCCCUUGGAGCCCUGGGCUCUGGAGUUUGAUACCAUGAGACCCACCCGCCGACUCCUUCUAGUCGGGGAAGGAAACUUCUCCUUCUCUGCCUCCUUGUGUGAUGCCAGCGAUCAUGAGACUCAUAUCACUGCCACUUGCUAUGAGAGUGAAGAGAGAGUUUCCAGACAGGCACUUGCUAAAAAUAACAUACAGCAUCUGAGAGGGAAAGGGGUUGAAGUUUGCUUUUGUGUGGACUGUACCAAACUGAAGGACUAUUUUUUGCCAGCAAAGAGAAAUUUUGAUUGCAUUUAUUUCAAUUUCCCUCACUGUGGGAGGAAAGCUGGGGUAACAAAGAAUAGAGAGCUUCUUGCGAAAUUUUUCUGUAGCUGCGCAGAUGUGCUCACAGAGAAGGGAGAGGUCCAUGUGGCUCUUUGCAAAGGUCAGGGAGGGACGCCCGCUGACCAGCCAAUGAGAGAGUGGCACAACAGCUGGCAAGUCGUGGCUAUGGCAGCGGGAGCAGGAUUUAUCUUGAGUGAUGUUCAUCCCUUCAACUCAGAGGAUGUUCAUGGAUAUAAGUGCACUGGCUACAGGAGCCAGGAUAAAUCCUUCUCUAUAGAAGGUGCAUUAAACCACAUCUUCACUCGGAGCUUGCCAUUUCCACAUCCCAGGCCUGUGAUCUGCCAGACUGAACUGGAGGGCAAGUGGGUUUCCUUCCAAGUUCCAGAAAUAUUUGUGGAUAAAAUGAACAGGGGUUUCCUAGAUACCAAUUCAGAUCAUCCUGUAAGAACUAUUAAUGAAAAGCUCAUCGCUCAACUCAGCCAAACCUUCCCAUUACAAAGGGUUGACCAUUCCCUUUCUCUGCUGCACCAAGGCCACCUAAGUGCUGUUUCUCAGUCGAAUGCUUUUUGGAUCAUUCCCAACACAGAGCAAAAUUCAAGUUCUGAACCUCCAGGUUCCUGUAAAAAGGUGGAGUUGGAAGUGAUUCUGCUUAUUUGUGCCAAAGGGUUGGACUUGCACACUCCCAUUGCACAGUGGGGCCUCUUUUACACCCCCGGCUGCAUGAUGAGAAUUGCACAGCAGGGUGCUCUCCUAUACACCCCCCCCGUUGCAUGGAGAGAAGUACACAACAGGACGCUCGCCUAUGCACCUCCUUGCCUGGUGAGAAUAGCACGCUCAGUGCACAGCGGGGCGCUCUCCAAUGCACCUCCCUUGCACGGAGGGAAAUGGCGCACACUGCAUACAGCUGUGCACUCCCGCUUUGCAAAUGAGAACUGCAUGCUCGGCCCACAGGGGGGCGCUCUCCUACACACCCCUCUUGCACGGCCAUCUGGGAACAAAGCAGGGCAGGUCUGGGCACCUGAAGGAUCCACAGCUUUCAAGUGUCUGAUCUCAGCCCGGUUCUGCGCUGCCCUCUUGAGUAACAUCUCAGAUUGUGAUGAGACAUUUAACUACUGGGAACCGAUGCACUACCUCGUCUAUGGGAAAGGGUUCCAGACGUGGGAAUACUCUCCAGUCUAUGCCAUUCGCUCCUAUGCUUACCUAUGGCUUCAUGCCUUGCCAGCCUUAUUCCAUGCUAGAGUUCUACAGACAAAUAAGGUUCUCGUCUUUUAUUUCCUGCGAUGUCUCUUGGCCUUCUUGAGUUGCAUUUGUGAGCUUUACUUUUAUAAGGCCGUGUGUAAGAAAUUUGGGCUGCAUGUGAGCCGGCUGAUGCUGGCCUUCUUAGUUCUCGGCGCUGGGAUGUUUUGCUCAGCUGCAGCCUUCCUCCCCAGCAGUUUCUGUAUGUACACCACAGUGGUUGCUAUGACUGGCUGGUAUAUGGAUAAGACCUCUAUAGCCGUGCUGGGCGUGGCAGCUGGAGCCAUCGUGGGUUGGCCCUUCAGUGCAGCUCUUGGGAUACCUAUUGCCAUUGACUUGCUGAUAAUAAAGCGGAGGUGGAAGAGCUUCCUGAACUGGUGUCUGGUGGCCCUGAUCCUGUUUUUGGUUCCCCUUGUGAUUGUUGACAGCUAUUACUAUGGGAAGCUGGUAAUCACUCCUCUCAACAUUGUUUUAUACAAUGUCUUCACACCUCACGGACCUGAUCUUUAUGGUACCGAGCCCUGGUCCUUCUAUUUUAUUAAUGGUUUCCUGAACUUCAACGUGGCUUUUGCCUUGGCCCUGCUCGCCCUGCCGCUGACCUCCCUCAUGGAGUGUCUGCUACAGAAAUUUCACGUCCAGAAUCUGGGUCGCCCAUAUUGGCUUACGCUGGCUCCUAUGUACAUCUGGAUCCUGAUUUUCUUCAGUCAACCCCACAAAGAGGAGAGGUUUCUGUUUCCCAUAUAUCCUCUUAUCUGUCUCUGUGGAGCUGUGGCUCUCUCUGCCCUACAGAAAUGUUACCACUUCGCAUUCCAGCGUUACCGCCUGGAGCACUACACAGUCUCCUCCAACUGGCUGGCUCUGGGGACAGUUUUUCUCUUUGGGCUCUUGUCGCUCUCGCGCUCUGUGGCUUUAUUCAAAGGGUACCAUGGGCCUCUCGACCUUUAUCCAGAAUUUCAUAGGAUUGCCACUGAUCCGACUAUUCACACAGUGCCAGAAGGGAGGCCGGUUAAUGUCUGUGUGGGGAAGGAGUGGUACCGAUUUCCAAGCAGCUUUCUCCUGCCAGAUAAUUGGCAGCUCCAGUUCAUCCCAUCAGAGUUCAGGGGCCAGUUACCGAAACCAUUUGCCAAGGGACCAGUGGCCACACGGAUUAUUCCUGCAGACAUGAAUGACCAAAACAGGGAAGAGCCAACCAGAUACAUUGACAUUUCCAAGUGCCAUUACCUGGUGGAUUUAGAUAGCGCAACUGAAACAUCAAGGGAGCCGAGAUACUCCUCCAACAAAGAAGAAUGGGUCAGCAUUGCCUACAAACCAUUCCUGGAUACUUCCAGGUCUUCAAAGCUGCUGCGUGCUUUCUAUGUCCCUUUCCUGUCCGAGCGGCAUACGUCGUAUGCAAACUACACCAUCCUUAAACCCCGGAAGUCAAAGCAAGCCAGGAAAAAAACAGGAGGUUAGCGACACACCUGCGGACCAAAAAGGAUCAACCAAUAUUGUUGGCCAGCUGCUUAAACCUUCCUAGAAAAAAAAAAAUGCUUGUAAGAUUCAUUAAUAAAGGUUUCCCACCCAGUGAUUUCACUCCGCAAGCCUCCAGCGGAGAAGAGUACAUCAUCUGCUCUCCGUUCUGUUCCUCUCUGCUCUGCCUGCACAACCCGUUUUCAGAACGUAUUGGUAAGAAACCGUUUGAAAAUCCAGCAGCUGCCUACCUGCAUUAUUAUUAGAUAGAGCAGAGUAAAACUGAAUAGCAAGAAAUGACUAUGUUAGACUGUGCACCCGGGUGCUGCCUGGCACCAGGAAAAUUCACAGCCGCGCUCUCUCUCAAUAGUCCUCAUCUGCUAAAUAGCUGCUUGCAUACUCCUAGGAAACAUUAUUUGCAGAUAACAGCAUUUGGGGAAAACAAAAAACAAACCCCCAAAACAGCAGCACAGUAGAGGCAAUGGCUCUCUGAAAUGCUAAGAAUCUCAGCAAACAAGACAGUCCAUACCAUAGAGAAAAAUCCCUCAGAUCUCCCUGUCCAGGAGAUACUUUCCAAGGAGAAACUUGCACUUUCAAACAAACUGUGAUUUUUGUUAGUUAUCUGUUUUAAUGGGAUGUGAUUUCAUUUGCCGUGAGUUCUGUUUUCCUGGUUAUGAUCCUAGAUAUUGUGAAAACACAGGGGCUUCGUUUAAUCUUAUUUAUUACUCUGUGUGUGUGUGUGUGUGUUUGUGUGUGUUUAAAGAAACAUUUAAUGUCGUUUGAAUUCUUGUCUCCAGUGUGUAAAAUGUCUGGAAACCAUCUAUGGGUAAAAAGGGUUAAUAAUUAUUGUGAUUCAGUUUCCCAAAUCUACGAGGAUGCGUACAAGUUCCCUUUUGUCAAAGACCCUCCGGAAUGAUGAUGCAGUAUGGAACUAUACCUGAGUUUUUACAGUCCUGUACUAUAUUAUGAACCAGAUUACAUCAGUCUCGUAGAAACCAGUGCAGGGGUCUGAGAGGGGGAAUGUGGGUGAACUUUCCCUCAGUGCAGAGGGACAGACAGUACAAGCACUGUGCCCAACCUAAGCCCUAUUCCGAGGGUUUAAAUGGAACUUAGUGGUGCGUAAGCUUGGAGCCCUGCCCGUGGAUGGCCCAUUUCAUCCUGUGUGAAUAGCACACGCAUCAGAGAGAGCAGAUGAGAUUGGCUGUAGGAGAGACUGGCGCAGAGAAUGGUCUGUGAAUAGGUUUGUCUAUGUGUAGAGAUGCAGUGCUGAAGUGGGGGGCUGUGGUGGUUGAACGGUGAGUGUAUAUGAUGGAAAGCAUACACCGGUGGCUGUGUAGGGCAGGUGUAUCUUUCAGCACGUUUGCAGGUCAAUAGCUGAGCAAGCUGCUCUACCAAGGUCAAAAGGGCAGACAGUGCAGCAGUGUGGCUCUGAUUUAACAUGACACUAUUGGGUCAGAGCUGGAGAAGCCAGGAAAGGAAAUAGUGCAACACUCAGAGAGCCAUGCAUGGCUUUAAUCUGGAAAAUUACAUUUGAAAUGUAGUAGAGGACACUGGACUUCCCUUUGUCUGUUCAGUCCCGUGCACUCACUAGGGAUGAGUAUUGAUGAAAUGCUUACGUCACCACUCGGCUACAUUUCCUCCUGCAUAGUUGCAGGGUUGGCUGGUUACUGCCCCGGAUAUUUUAUUUAACUUUUUUUUUUUUUUUAAGGUAACUCUCUGCAGCAGGGACCAGAGGAGAAGGAGAGGGAACAAUAUGCAUGUGGUGCUCAGCAUGUUCUGAGAAACAGGCUUUUUCAAGGUGUGUCAGAUUGGUCACCCCAAAUCACUAGUCACUUCUGAAACUCUUGGCCAGGUGGUGGUGAUUCUUGGGCUCCUCGACUGUGGGAGCUAGUAAGUGGCUUCCUUCAGAUAUGUGAUAACAUCAAGGAGUCUUUCUAGUUAUUGCUGUGGAUGUGUAGGGUUCCAUGUGGUUAGUGAGCGGGAAAGCAGGUUGGCCAAGCCUUCAGUUCAGAGCCUUAAUGCUCUCAUUAAGGUCUGAAUGCCACAGUGACUGCCUUGUUGACUCUGUAAAUGCUGUAAGUGUUGUUUCUCUGCUUUGCUGUAAUUUCACACCCGAGGACCUUGUUACUUUAGGUAAAAGUCACCCUGCGAGCUGGUGGUGCAGAACCUCCCUCCACCCAAGUUUGGCUUAGCAUUCAGCACACUUAUACAAACCUGUUCUCUAGAUCUUGUUUCUUUAGUCAGGUUGACAGUGUACCAGUUGUGAUCAACAGCAAGGCAUAUGGCGUGUCUGUCACUUGGCUGGGGAAAAGAUGGCAUGUGGGACUCCAGACUAAAUUGACAUGCAGUUGAAAUGCAGGUGGAGGUUGCUGUGUGAAAGGGCAUCAAGUAUUUUGAUUUUGCAUUUUGUUAUUUUUUAAUUAACUUCACUACAUUGAAGGCAAAUGUUAGACUGUACAAAGCAUGAUCGGUAAAAAGCCCCUGCAUGCCUUUUUGUUGCCUGGGUGACUGAUACAUUAAGGAUGAAAUUCUCCCCUGUGCAGAGGAGCAGCACAAAGCCUGUGCAUUAUUAAAAUCCUGUUUUGAAGGCUUAUAUGGGACAUACGUGGCAUACAGGAUUUGGGCUUGCCCUCUGUAGAGGGGUGCUUUUUACCCUGUGCAAAUAGUGUCUGUCUCUAUAGAGUCUUUGGUAUAACAACAUUGGAAUUUCCCUCUUAAAAAUCCCAGUCUUUACAGUAAACUAAUGUCUUAAAUGUCUUAGGUAAAUUUGCCUGGGAGACAAAACUGCAAUGUUGCAGGUCAACACUGAAUGUCUGCUUAAUGCUCCCAUUUGUUUCUUUUUAAUGGUUUCCCCACCCCACAUGUUAACAUUCCUUUAAUAAGGCUCUGUUGUGUCACAUCAGUGAAUCUAAACCAAAACUGCCAUCCUAUCUGCUUCCCCCACCAGUGUUUCAAUCUGUAAAUGGAACACUGAAACAAGGAACACAGUUAGACAGUCUAUUGCGUACCUCUCUUUGGUGGUGUCUCACUGUCCGAGCCUUUACUGUCAUGUUUACUGUGAAAAGAUAGUCCAGGAAACAUCUGUUUUCAAUUAUUGUGCCUGCUCCACCCUUUCUUCCCGUUUUAAUUCCUUUUUGCGGACCCUGACAGCUUCACAUUAAAUAGGAGUGAUCAGCAUCUCCGAGAAAAAGGCAGCAACCACCCUGUUGCUGUAUGAAGAACUGCACUUGGGUCAUAUUAACAGAUGUUGAUUUCCCAUCUGUUGGAAGGUGAAGCCAGGAACACUCACAGGUGGUGGUAUCAUAUUUGCUUCAUGGUAGCACUGAGAGGCUCUAGUCAAGAUAAAGGCCCAAUUUUGUUGGUCGAUCCCACGUCCUGAAGUGCUUACAACCAAAACAGACAAAGGAAGCUUUAUUAGCCCAUUUUACAGGUGAAGCACAGUGAGAUCAAGGACUAGCCCAUGGUCAUAUAGGGAGUCAGUGGAAAAGAUGGGAAUCAAACUGGGUCCUAGUCCAGUGGCUUAACUCCCCAAACCAUCCUUCCUUGGACCGGGGAGAGCCUAGCAGCCCUACAGCUGCUUUCUGCACAUAUGGCCCAGAAAGUAGAGUCUAGGAAACCUCAGGUCUCCCUGACUUCCUUUCCUGCUGGAGCAAUGUUCUCACAUCCACCUAGCACAGCAGUCUCCGGAAGCUCCUUUGAAGCUGUAGUGCAGCGCAGAGGCAUCUGGAACGCCCACACGAGGCCAUCUGCUCUGGAAAGGUAACGCUGCUCUUAGUGGUGCUUUCAUCAUGGGGUAUACAGAGCAACAGGUGAACUUUCUGAUAGGAAAAUGUUAAGGCUCCCUUCUGUUAAUAAUUCAUAGGUCAGAGCUGUUGGGCUUUGCGCAGCGCUGACAUUUAAGCAAAUAAUCAAUAAUGAGAAGAGAACAGUACUUCUAAAUAAAUGCAUUCAGUGGAAUGAGCUGCCCGAGGAAGCCGCGCUGCACAAUUUGUGUCUUCAUGUGUAAUGGGGUGGGGGAGUGUUGGGAUGGGAGGGAAAGAGCAGUACUGACUGCUGGGAUUUCCUAACACCUUCCUGCUUUCUCAGGAUAAAUUACCUUGCUUUUGAAAUGUGGAUUUGCAGAGAUUUCCAAAAACGAUGGCCUUCCCUUUGUAAAAGGUUUCAUUGUUUGCGUGGUGCUUAUACAAUUUUUUCGUUUUGUUUUUCCUUUGACCCUAAUAAAAUUAAACUUUGUGAUCUAGU